GCUGGAAUGGGUGGAGAUCAUCGAGCCUCGCACCCGGGAGCGCACGGAAACCCUUGGAAACCCUUGGAAAAGUGGGAUUGGUGGGAAAAAGUGUGAUAAAGCCGAGGAGGUGGAAAGGGGAGUCAGGAAUUGUUCCCCUCACCUUGGUGGCUCACCUCGAUCUCGGAUCACUGGGUGGUUCUGGUGGGAAGGCACCACCAGUCCCUCCCCUUCCUGGCUGACAUUCCCUCUCUCCCCGGGGGUGUUCUCCAGGCUGGAAUGGGUGGAGAUCAUCGAGCCUCGCACCCGGGAGCGCAUGUACGCCAACCUGCUGACGGGCGAGUGCGUGUGGGACCCGCCGGCCGGGGUGCGCAUCAAGCGCACCAACGAGAACCAGUGGUGGGAGCUCUUCGACCCCAACACCUCCCGCUUCUACUACUACAAUGCCACCACCCAGAGGACCGUCUGGCACCGGCCCCAGAACUGCGACAUCAUCCCCCUGGCCAAGCUGCAGACCCUGAAGCAGAACACGGAGUCGCCGCGGGCGUCCACCGAGAACAGCCCGGGGCGGAGCAGCAACGUCAGCAGGGAGGGCAGCACCGGCUCCUCCCUGGAGCAGGAGCUGGAUGGGGGCGGAGGAGGAGGAGGAGGAGGAGGAGGAGGCGGCGAGAAGCUCCCGGAGCAGAGGGCGGGCAGGCAGGGCCCCCAGUACGGCCUGGGCAAGGAGGAGGUGGAGAGUUCGUCGCCUUCCGGAGUGUUCGAGAAGGAAUAUGACAUUUACCGGGAUUACAGCGCCGAGGGGCAGCUCCUGCACUACAGGACGUCGUCCCUGCGAUGGAACGCCGGCACCAAGGAGCGGAUGCUGAUCAAGGUGACGGACCGGGAGCCGAGCUUCCUCCUGCACCAGGGCAACGGCUUCGCCCCCGAGUCCCAGGCGGGGCCGCGCUCCCGCCGCCCCUCCGGCGGCGGCCAGCAGUCCCCCAACCUGCAGACCUUCUCCUCCUCGGACGCCGACGGCUCCGUGUUCUUCCCGGAGAGGAAGGCGUCGCCCUUCCUGAAGAGGGCCGAGCUGCCGGGGAGCUGCUCCCCGCUGCUGGGCCGGGGGGACCCCUUCUGCUCCCCGCUGCAGGCGCAGCAGCACCGCAAGCACUCGGCCGAGUCGCAGCCGUCGUCGCCGCGCUACGCCUACGAGCCGCCGCUCUACGAGGAGCCCCCCAUGGAGUACCAGGCCCCCAUCUACGACGAGCCCCCCGUGGACAUGCAGUACGAGGCCGGCGGCGGCGGCGGCGGCGGCUACAAGGCGGGCUCGCCCCAGAAGUCGCCGGUGCGGAAGCCGCACCCCUUCCUGCAGUCGCCCAAGCAAGGCUCCAACUCGCCCUACCAGCAGCUGGUGCUCACCAAGCAGAAGUGCCCCCCCGACCGCUUCAUGAGCCUGGAGUACAGCCCCGCCGGCAAGGAGUACGUGCGCCAGCUCGUCUACGUGGAGCAGUCGGGCUCCAGCCCCAAGAUGAAGACGGGCCUGAGGCACAAAUACUCCCCCAACCCCAUCGGGGGCUCCUACUCGCUGCAGCACAGCCCCUGCCUGGUGCGGGACCAGCGCCUGGACGUCAAAUCCGGCGAUUACAGCAGCAUGGAAGGGCCCGACUUCUGCCCCGGCCCGGCGGCCCCGGGCGAGGACUCCAUGUCGUGGUCCAGCCAGCAGGACACCUUGUCCUCCACCGGCUACUCGCCCUCCACCAGGAAGAGGAAGAGCCGGAAGCCUUCGGUGGCCCACGAGCCCAACGCCUCGGCCGCCGACGGCUCCGGGGAGAGGGAGGCGCUGGGGGAGCAGCUGCCGGGGGACGAUCGAGCCGCCCCGGGGCCCAACCGCUCGCCCAUGAACCGGACGGAGAGCAAGGCGGCCGAGGCGGAGGCGGGACGGGGCUUCCCGGAGCCCUUCCUGGCGCAGGCCCGCCUGGCGUGGGAGGCGCAGCAGGCCCACUACCACAUGAAGCAGAGGAGCAGCUGGGAUUCCCAAAAGGACGGGUCCGGCUACGAGAGCGACGGCGCCCUCCCCCUGCCCAUGCCGGGCCCGGUGGUGAGGGCCUUCAGCGAGGACGAGGCGCUGGCGCAGCAGGAGAACAAGCACUGGAAGAGGAACACCUUCGAGAAGCUGGGCUUCCCCCAGAUCCUGCUGGAGAAGAGCGUCUCCGUCCAGACCAACCUGGCCUCUCCCGAGCCCUACCUGCACCCGUCCCAGUCCGAGGACCUCGGCGCCUGCGCCCAGUUCGAGAGCAGCCGCCAGACCAGGAACAUGAUGCCGAGCGCCAGCUGCGUCUUCCCCACCUUCAACCUGCGCAAACCCUCCUCGGAGACGGACAUUGAGAACUGGGCCUCCAAGCACUUCAACAAGCACACCCAAGGGCUCUUCCGCCGCAAGGUCUCCAUCGCCAACAUGUUGGCCUGGAGCAGCGAAUCCAUCAAGAAACCCAUGAUCAUGACCAACGACCGCAACGUCAAGAAGGAGGCGUGCGAGAUCUUCAAGCUCAUCCAGAUGUACAUGGGCGACCGGCGGGCCAAGACGGACCAGCUCAACGUGGCCCUGGAGAUCGCCACCAAGGGCUGGAGCGUGCAGGGGCUGCGAGACGAGCUCUACAUCCAGCUGUGCCGGCAGACCACCGAGAACUUCCGUUACGAGAGCCUGGCCCGGGGCUGGGAGCUCAUGGCCAUCUGUUUGGCCUUUUUCCCCCCCACUCCCAAAUUCCACUCCUACCUAGAAGGAUACAUUUACCGGCACAUGGACCCGGUGAAUGACACGAAAGUGACGCGGCACAUCCGUCACCUCCUGGAAAGGACCAAUCAGAAGAAACCCAAAUUGCGAAAGAAACCCAAGCCCCAAAUCGAGGAGCACCAUGGGGUGGCCAUCAGCACUUACGCCAAGUACUGCUACAACAAGCUCCAGAAGGCGGCUCUGACCGGGGCCAAGAAGGGCCUGAAGAAGCCGAACAUCGAGGAGAUCCGCCACGCCAAGAACGCCGUGUUCAACCCCUCCAUGUUCGGCAGCUCCCUGCAGGACAUCGUGGCCAUGCAGAAGGAGCGUUACCCCGACCGGCAGCUGCCCUGGGUGCAGACCCGCCUCUCCGAGGAGGUCCUGGCGCUCAACGGGGACCAGACUGAGGGCAUCUUCAGGGUCCCCGGGGACAUCGACGAGGUCAACGCCCUCAAGCUGCAGGUGGACCAGUGGAAGAUCCCCACGGGCUUGGAGGACCCCCACGUUCCCG